CUCCGCUCUGCAGUCACAAUGUUCCGAAAUAAUUAUCAGGUAAAUGACUCGCGUUGUGGCACUGAAACCCGGAGCUCGCAGAGGAGCGUUAGCUGGUUUCCAUUGUUCCAGGGCGCAGGUGGGAUCGAGCUGUUCAGCGCCAAAGGAAGCGACCCAGUUGGAAAGUGGAAACUCAGCGGGACUUCGACGUCCAUCCGGAGAGAGUAUAAUAAGAAACUCAGGGGGCUUGUUUACUGUCUCGAAGGUGGCUGCCAGACAGUAAAGAUGCAAAUGCCAGCUAAUGAAAAGAUGUCUCUUGGACUGGUGCAACAGUUCCUGGUUGUACAAGUGAAUGUCCCUGAAGAUAAAGAUUUUUCUAUUGAGCUUGUAAUUACAGAUAAGAUUCAGCUCAAAAGGAGACUUUACCUUUCAACAGUUCACAAAGAGUUAUCGACAACGCUCUGGCAUGCCAGGAUACCUUUCAUGGGACUGAGACGCAAUGUGUGGUCCACACUCUUCAUUGAUCUGGUUUCCUUCACUGGAAAACUGUUCAAAGAUACUGGAUUUUCUACUCUGGAUGGCAUCUCCUUGUCGGCAACAUGUAGAGUGAGGCGAAUCUUCACCAUGAACCCUGAGCUGUCACUUGCAGCAAAAUAUGACACAUUUUUCUGCGAGGCGGCUCUGGUGGACGCGAUCCCUCACAGUUGUCGACUCCCGUCAGACGUUGACCAUCAGCCUCAGAUUUGGAGCAUGGAGACCCUCAAUGAAAGAGUUGCAGAGAAGUCGACCUCUGCUAGAUCUUCCAGUCAUCAAAAAACCAGGCCGCAGGGUUUUUUGCAAAAAAACCCAGGCUGCCGAGCAACAAGAACAUCUACCCCGACUGGAAGGAGAAGCCAUGUACACUCAGCGGACAGCGAUGAAGUCCAGAAAACUGGACAUCUUUUAGCAUACCAGAAGGAAGGAGCAAACACAGCAGAAGUUGAAAGUGUCUCGCAGAGCGUCUUGCAUCGCGAACAUGAGGGCACAGCCAGAAGUGUCCUGUCACUACUCCCCAAAGACAGACAGCCCGAUAAGCAGGUAUCCGUGGAGAAUAUUAAAGUUGCAUCGGCAGAUCUUCUGGGCCAUGGGUCCUGUGGUGCAGAAGAGAUGGGAGGGCUGUCUUCUCCUUCGGCAAAUAGAAAAGUGGGCAGUGUUUUGACCCCUUCAGGAAAGAUGAAGCCCGCAGCAGAAGUUCCUACAGAGUGUCUCUCUGGAUGGAACCAGCGAGAUUGGUCAUCGGGCCAGUGGGUCCAGCACAGCUUGGACAGUAUUGAUGAGCCUGAGUUCACACUGCAAGAUGAGGCGUUCGCUUUCAAAUCACAACCCCACUCACCCAAAAGACGACAAGGUCGCGGCGACCAGGAGAAGACAGAGGGAGCGGAUGAAUGUGUUUCAGACUGCAGCGGGAAGCGGUUUGAAGCCUCACCUGAGGAUGACUUUGUCAGCAGCGAAACAGAUGAGGAUGUAACCAAUACUGAGCUCAGGGACCAGGUCAUCAAUGUGACGCCCUCAACCACCACCUCAGAGAUGAAGUCUGGGCUUGAAGCUCCUUGUACAAGCCAACACCUAUAUAAAGAAAGUCUGGAUGUUCCAAAGGAUGUCACACGCAGAGGUAGCGCAGGAAGUGAUGUGAUGCUUCCAAAACGUUGCUUCUCACCAUGCAAGGCCGGCGAAGAACCCAAAUUCUGCCUAAGAGCAAAACACAGUUUGGAAGGAAGUAGGAGCGUGAGAUUGAGUAGACGACUUUUAAAGGAAGCAAGAGCCGAGGACUUCAAACAUCAACAGGGAGCCGACAGCACUCAGGGGUCUUCUGGUUUCUGCGGCCGCAGCCUCCUUCUCCCGCGAUCUGAUGAGUGUGAUGACGAGGAGAUGAGAAUGUUGGCAAGCCUGAGGAGGGAACAGGAGGAAGAUGAAAAUCAAGCCUCGGGCCUGAGUGCAUCUCAGAUCCACCAGUGUCAUGUCAGCAUGAGCAUGAGCAGUGAUGACAACUCUACCUGGACACACAUCUCCAUGCCAGCUAAUCAAGGUUACCACUACCAAACAGAAAUGACUCCUCCCGAGUGCUCAGACCCCAGACAGUGGAUGGAUGUGCUGAGCCCUCCUCUCAUUCCUCCCACCCCGGAGCGGUCAGACAGCAGCGGGAAACUGAUUGAACACCCAGGCUCUCCUAGAGGAGGAGAUGAGUCUGUGAAUGACGAAGAUGAAUGCUUGAACCUUCUCUACGAUUCCUGCCUCAACUGCUAUUUCGAUCCACAGACAGGGAAGUACUAUGAGCUAGCCUAA